AUGGAGCUAACAACGGAAGAAUAUGUUAAUAUGUGGAAAAAUUUUUAUGGAAUUUCAACAACAUUAACACCUUAUAAUAAUAAUGUUAUUCAUAGAGGAUUUCCUAAAGGAUGUUUUAGUAAAGAUGGAAAAGUAUAUGAUUCAAUGUCAUCAAUUCUGGAGAAUGAAGUAUUUGAUGAUUUUUUGGAAAAUAAAUCAACUUGUAAAUAUUUAAUUUCUAUAAUCCCUUUCUUUUAUACAACUGAAAGAAACAAGUUGUUUAAAUUUCUUGGUGAAAAUGAAAGAAUAAAAAAUUAUUCACAGGAUACCAUUGGAAAUCAUUUUAUACAGGCUUUAAUCAAAACAUGUAAUGAUGACGAGUUGAUAAUUAUUAGGGAUGCAUUGAAAGAAGAUAUUGUUGGGUUGUCAAAAAAUCGUGAUGCAUGUCGUGUUGUACAAAAAUUAUUUAUUCAGGCACCUUCUCAUAUUACAAUUCCAUUAAUUCAAAGAUAUAAAAAUAAUUGUUUUGAAUUAUCAAUGAGUCAGAAUGGAAAUCAUGUUAUGUCUGUUGUUAUAAAAAUGUUUGACUUUGAGGAUAUUGAAUUUAUUUUUAAGGAAUUUAAUUCAAAUAAAAAAAAGUUAAUUGAAGCAUCAAAAGAUCAAUUUGGAUGUAGGGUAAUUCAAUUGUCAUUAAAAGUACUAGUCUCUUAUGUUGACAUUCAAAAACAUCAAGUAGAAGGUAGGAAACAAAAAGUUUUUUCUACAAUCUCAAACACUUGUAAAAUACUUUUGGAACAUUCUAAGGAGCUUAUAAGACAUGAAUUUGCAAAUUAUGUAAUUCAACAAUUAAUAAUUUCUCAUCAAUUGUCAUCAUUUCUAAAGGUUAUUAUUAAAGAUGCCUUAACGGGAAAUUUAUUUGAUUUAUCAAGAGAAAAAUUUGCUUCUCAUGUUAUAGAAACAGCUUUAGAACAUUCAAGGGGUGAAUGCCUACGAAUGCUUUUUGAUGAUUUAUUUAAAGAACUUUGUAUUGAUGAAAGUGAGAAAUCUUCAAAAUUAAAUACUCUUCUGACUCAUCAAUUUGGAAAUUAUGUCAUACAACGAGCAUUAAUAGUAUCAUUAGAUGUUAAACUUGAAAAACAAUAUGGUGAUUCAUCAUGGUACAAACGUUUAUCGUCAAAAAUAACAUUUCAAAGUAAUGAUGUUAAACAAUGUGCUACAUUAAAAAGGAUUUUAGAAAUAAUUGAUAAACAACAAAAAAUUGAAUCACAUAAUAAAAUGGUUACCGAAAAUCCCCUUUUACAAAAAUUAUUUGACAUUAACUGCAAUACAACAACGGGAAAAAUUAAUACUAAUAAUAUUUAUGUAUGA